CUAGAAGGUUCCCUAUUGUGGGAGCCGCCUUCAUGCGGGUUAAUGGAAGAUGAUGGUAAUUAUUCAAAAUACGUGUGUGCGGUUUAGGUUGGCUGCGUGUGACGUGUGAGCUGAUUGUGCCCGAGCACGGCGCAAUACACAUACAACGCACACCGUGCAUGUCAGUGACACAUAGUACUCAGGAGUCGACAUGCUCACUUCCACUGUGAUUCCGGCCAGCAGAGGGCGCUUUCACUGCUGUGUUCGUCUCCUCCCGAGUCUCCGGCUCUGUGACCAUAGAGAGGAGUUCCCGGCUACGUGACCAUAGAGAUGACUCCACGCCUCUACCGUGACCAUAGAGAGGAGUGCCCGGCUCUGUGACCAUAGAGAGGAGUGCUCCUGCUGCCUCUGUAUCGCUAUAGCUGGCAGGGCUGUGUACACACACAGACAGGACAGGAGUCCCCUAAAGCUGUAUCCAGGGCAGCAGCAUGUCUAGCCUGCAGAGACCGGCGCCCCCCGUGCAGACAGUCACCCUCAGCCUGGAGCAGGUGAAAGAGGCUUUAGGAGAGGUGCUGGAUGCUUUGCAGUCCCCCACUGGCAGUGCCCGUCUGGAGGAGGCAAGGGAGAACUCUGGGAAUGACCUGGGAAAGGUCCUACAGCUCCUGCUUCCCGCCGCUGUGCAGAUCCAGCAAGAGGUGCUCCAGAACUAUGGCUUCAGCCCUGAUGGAGAGGGUGUGCUCCGAUUUGCCCGUCUGGUGAAAUCCUUUGAGGCCCAGGACCCUGAGAUUGCAGCAAUGUCCAACAAACUGAAAUCUUUCUUCCUGCCGCCUCUACCAUUGCCCCCCCAUGCUGGGCUCCCCAUUCCCUCAUCAUAGGACCUUCGCUGAGAUGCCUUCAGCACAGGGAAUACCUGCAGCUCUUCAAGCUUUCCAUCCUGUGUAUCUCUUCACAAGACUUGUGGUCAGGACCAUACUCUUGUGCAGUUGAAUGUCUCCUCCUUGCCUAUACGGAAGAACUGUUUUGUGUGACUGUAUGAUGAACCCCCACAGACAUUUGUACACGUAUGACCGUUACACGCUUGCUUCCGGUGGAGAUAUCAUCAGGUCAGGGUGUAGAAGGGUGUCCAUCUGAGCUCCUGUGAUGACCAGACCCCUCGCCUUCCUGCCCACCAGGCCCCAUCGCUUUCUUUUCAUGUAUUCCAUUUUUCCCCCCCACAUCCUGCCUCUGUUUCUCUAUGCCAGUUGUCCAAGGGGGGAAUAAAGUGUCCCGUGCCCAGUAAACGGACCGUGGCUCUUCUAGGAGAUCAAACAAAUUGGGCGGCUCAGCUCCAGAUGGUUCUUUCCCAGACACAUAUAUGAUGGCUGCAAUAAACCUGGUCAGUUUUGAUGAUGUAAUGGGCACUGGCCCUCGAGCCUGAAUAAAUGUUCUAAUAACAGAUGUACCUGA